UGACUUUGACGCAUGUGCAAAGCGCGCAGUCACAGACCAGUCACUCACUAUGGCUCUUUGCGAAAGGGUUCGGCGUCUCAACUUGGCGAUUUGCCGUCGCUGUUACCGAACGUCUUCAAUUUUUAAUCAAAGGAAGUUAUCCGAUCAGGUUUCUUCAAAACCUAAAGCAAGCGUCAGUGCCGAAUCUUCUGUAGAUCACCCCAUUUACACGCACGAACACUUCGCAUUGAAGGCAUCCCUCAAUAAGAUAAUUGAGCAGGAGAUAAACCCAUUUGUUGACAAGUGGGAAGAGGAGGGAAAGUUUCCGGCCCACAAAAUCUUUAAGAUCCUUGGAAGCGCGGGAUUCUUGGGGGUCAACAAGCCAACAGAGUAUGGCGGCCUGGGUCUUGACUUCAGUUACAGUGUGGCUGUGUCAGAGGAGCUGGGGAACAUUCGCUGUGGAGGGAUCCCCAUGGCCAUCGGCGUGCAGACAGACAUGGCCACACCUGCGCUGGCCAGGUUUGGCUCCCCAGAGUUAAAGAAGGAGUUUUUGUUGCCCUCUAUAAUGGGAGAUAAAGUUGCCUGUCUUGGAGUGAGUGAAGUUGGAGCUGGGUCCGACGUUGCAAGUAUCAAGACAAAAGCUGUGCGGAAAGGGGACGAGCUUGUUGUAAAUGGGGGGAAGAUGUGGACCACCAACGGGACCCAGGCUGACUGGAUGUGUCUCCUGGCCAACACCAGCGAUGGACCUCUGCACAGGAACAAAAGCCUCAUAUGCCUGCCAAUGAACCUGCCUGGGAUCCACAUUGCGAGGAAAAUUGACAAGAUGGGAAUGAGGUCGUCGGACACGGCCGAGGUGUUCUUCGAUGACGUGCGGGUGCCGUGCCAGAACAUCAUUGGCCAGGAGGGCAUGGGCUUCACGUACCAGAUGCUGCAGUUCCAGGAAGAGAGGCUCUGGGGGGUGGCCAAUAUUUUGACCAUGAUGGAGCUCGUUGUCCAGGAAACCGUCCAGUACACCAAGCAGCGCAAGAUCUUCAACCAGCCCGUCCUGCACCAUCAGGCCGUCCACUUCCGCCUGGCGGAGUUGGAGACGGAGGUCGAGCUGCUUCGCUCGCUGCUCUAUCGUGCCACAGCCCUGUAUAUAAAAGGCAACGAUGUGACCAAGCUCGCCUCCAUGGCCAAGCUGAAGGCAGGACGCCUGGCCCGGGAAUUAGGGGACAGCUGCCUGCAGUUUUGGGGAGGGAUGGGGUUCACAAGUGACGUUCUUGUCAGCAGGUUUUACAGGGACUCCAGACUAAUGUCCAUUGGAGCUGGAGCUGAUGAAGUCAUGCUGUCCAUCAUAUGCAAGUACAUGGACACCCUGCCCAGGAAAUGAUGUAAUCGACCCAGCUACUUAACAUGGGAUUUUUCAAACACAAUGACAAUAAGUGCACUUCAUUGUCCUUCAACUCAUAUAAUCAAAAUAAUUUGUUACUUUUCAGCUAAAGCUCAUAUGUAAAAUAAGACUUUGAAUGACUGUUAUUCUUAUUAAUUCUUUCAGUGUGGAAGAAAGCCAUU